GAGGGGCCGGAGCCGAUGAGGCCGCCGCUCCCGGUGAGGGCGCUCCAGGCCUGUCGUCCGGAGCAGUCGCGCGCCGCCGGGGCCCCUCUAGCCGCGGGCAGGUGGCGCGGUGCGAGUCGGGAAGGCGGCGGGUGGGUGCGGCCCUCAGCUGCGGAGGGCGCCAUGGUGGGUGGCGAGGCGGCUUCCGCGGUGGAGAAGCUAGUUUCGGGGGUGCGGCAGGCGGCCGACUUCGCGGAGCAGUUCCGCUCUUACUCCGAGAGUGAGAAGCAAUGGAAGGCUCGCAUGGAAUUCAUUCUGCGCCACUUGCCCGACUAUCGCGACCCGCCCGAUGGCGGUGGCCGCCUGGACCAGCUGCUGUCCCUCUCCAUGGUGUGGGCCAACCACCUCUUCCUGGGUUGCAGUUACAACAAAGACCUUUUAGACAAAGUGAUGGAAAUGGCUGAUGGGAUUGAAGUGGAAGACCUGCCACAAUUUACUACCAGAAGUGAAUUAAUGAAAAAGAACACCCUUCACUGAAGAGCAUGCCAUGAAGAAAGUUAUUUCAGCAUCAGAGCUGAGGCAGAAGAUUCAUCACAUUUUCACCAUCAGCAAGGCUUAGGAAGGAGGCUGGGAUGAAUGUGACAUGGACCACAGCAGCUCUCUUAAGAUUCCUGGUAUUUCCAACAUGUAGGAAAGAGGCAGUUGGAAUGACAGUCUUGUCUAGAUUGGAAUUUUAAAAGGUCCAUUCUUCCAGUAGCUAUCAUUGUAAAAGUGUGCAUGGAUAUUUAUGUAUUUAUAAAUCAUGCCCUUUUUUUCACUUUUUGAAUGUCAAA